UUUGGUGUCUGACUGCUGGAAAAGUAGAGCUCACGCUCAUACACGCAGUGCAUAUUUGCUCUGGUUGUUCACCGUUUGCAUGACAAUCCUCCUAAACUCGCGCGUCGAGACUGAAGUGAGACUGAAAGGCGCGCUUUAAACCGAAAACUGUGGAAAUACAACUCAACGUGGACCUUCUCAGAGUGGACUUUGGAGAUGAUAUAGGACACGUCUGCCGUUUCAACUAUGUGACUCGAUAGUUAUUCUGGAAAUUUCGUUUUUGCGUGAGAUUGACGGACUGUAGAAUCAAUGUGGUGGCUCGAAACUCACCUAAACGGUAGGUGCUACGUGUUUUUAAUUAGAAAUGUCGCUUAAUUCAGGUGUCACGCCAACUAUUCGUACACUAACGAUAAUGAUAAAAUCUACUGUGGUGUAGAGACAGAUUCAGUUCAUUUGGGUUCACUUUCACAGCUAAUUUAACGUGAAGCAGGUGUUGAUGGGACUCGUUGAUGACAGGUUGGCAAGCGUCGAAAUUAGCGAACGUGAACGAAUCGUUCUUUUGAGUCGAAUCUUUAUCAUAAAUCUAAUGGACCGGUUCGCCAAAUGAUUUGUUCACAAAGCGGUACGAGUAGAUCGAGUCACUCAGUGAACCGAGUCUCUUUUGAUCUUUUCUGUAAAAAAACAAAAAAAGUCAACACACAUAGUUUCGAAAAAAUAGCUUAACACAUCCUUUCCAUCCAAGUUGGAUGUGGAUGUGGCCUAUUUAAUUGGAUGUAAUCCAAAUUGGAUGUAAAUUCAUUUCAGUAUUAAUUGAUUAGACUAACAUUAACAUUAGGCUAUAUUUAAGUAGGCUAUCUUUGCUUUAAUGAGCUGAGACAUGGCUGCAACAAACUGGGACGCAUAAAAUCACAAUAAACAGUCAUAUUAAAAAUAAUGCAGCUAGCGAAUCGACAAAACUGAAACUAAUACUGUCCCGUCACUCGCUUGCAGUAAAACUGUACCGUUCACUGUCAAUUCAGGUGACCAGGCGUUUACUUUCCGCGGUCAGCAAUUAAUGUUCACCUUGGUUUACCUGUCUGUGCCUGCGGACCUCGGGAGGAGGUCUGUGAAGUCAAUGCAACAUGCUGUUUGAAAUACACAGUUGACACGUCUUGGGAGUGAUGCACUGGCUUCCCCUGGUUGCCAUGGUGAUCGCCUCGGCCCUGCCUUUCCCUCAAAGUCCUGUUCCCAGGCUUGUUGCCGCGACGAAAGAGCCUGGCAGAAACGACAGCAACACCAGCAGCGUCUCGACAGCUGAGAUCAGCAUGCCAACCAACUCAUCAGUAGACAAUGAUUCCCAUGAUGCUGUUUCUCACAGCAACUACAGCACACAUGACGGAGCUCCUCACAGAACAGUCGACAAGCAGAGCGCAUUUACACAAGACAAGGACAAUAUAUCCAAGGGUAGACCAAACCCAGAGAAUCUUUUAAAAGAACAAAUUUUUUUCAAUAACACAAAACAGGACUACACAGGUGGAGGCAGGACUAGCGGAGCAGAUGCCUCCAGGUCACACAAUCAUAGAGAAUACAAAUCACAAAAAAGUCUGGCCGAAAAAGCCAGUUCCCCAAGCAACAACAUUCUCAAGGACUAUCAGCUUGAACAUAGCCAGUUUCAUGAAGAAAGCAGUAUUGAGGCAGGUCAUCUUAAAGAUGACAGAAACACAAUAAGUAAACUGAAAGAUGGGCCUCUUGAAGGUCCAAAGGUUGCUCUGGAGAGCUCUCCAGUGCAGGAAACUCUGGAUGAAGCUCAAACGGAUGGGAGCCCCAUUGGAAAAGAGUUGGCACAGCCAAAUGGAGGGUUUGGAACAGAACCGGGCUUUGGGAUUGACAAUGUACGCCUACGAGAAGAAGAUCAGCUGCUUUUGCUGGACGCUCAUCCCCGGGUACUCUUCUCCCCAGCUCUUUCCCCACCCAAACACCCACCUCUGCUCCUAAUGCUUGAGUUGGGUUUGCUGGCCGAUGAUUUUGAGGAUGAGGAAAGCAACACGAUGGAUGUUACCACACCCAUUCACACAGGCGAAAAAUCGGCAUACAGGAACUUACUAUUGGGUCUCUCUGAUUCUGACGGCCAUGUUCCAAGCGUCCGCCGCAAGCGUCAGGUCGGCCACACCACGCAAGGUCGUGAGCGCUCUGUAUGUGAGGCCGAAAGCGGGUGGGUGACCGACAAGAAGACCGCGGUGGACCACCGGAGCAAAACCGUCACUAUUCUGCAAGAGAUCCAGACCCAGACUGGGCCGCUGAAGCAGUACUUCUUCGAAACGAAGUGCCGUAAGCCACUUCGGCAAGGGAACACUGAAGGGCAGGGGGUAGAGGGGGCAGGAUGUUUGGGGGUGGAUAAGAAACAUUGGAUGAGCAGGUGCGAAACCAAACAGUCAUACGUACGUGCGCUCACCUCUGACGACAACAUGAGGAUAGGCUGGAGGUGGAUCCGUAUCGACUCCUCCUGCGUUUGUGUUCUGCUCAAUAGAGGAACGUACAACAGUGAGAGGAAGUAUGAGAGGGCAAGAGAGCGAGAGGGCAGAAGGUACAGAUAGUUGAACGAAGGACUGACACAGAGUUGAAAGAUCAUGUUAAUAAAAGGGACUGUUCUGGUCCACUGUGUGGGGGAUAUUUCUUUUCCAGAUGUUUCUGCAUCUCACUCGACAAAACCUUAUCGCUGUACCCCACUGUCUCGAUGAGGGGUAGUUAUGAAAAUGAAAACAUAUCUGCCCUCAUGUUGCUCCAAAACCAUAUGACGUAUUUUUGUUCAUGGAACACAAAAGGAUACAGUGGCCCCAAAAAGUUUUUGGACACUUUAAGUCACGCUUUAAAAAAGUCUAAAAUUAAUUGUAUUAGAUAUGGAACAUCAAAGCAAGUGGCAUUUGCAAACAAAUGAUGGUAGACCUUUUCUCAGAACUAACUUUACUUUUCUGAGGCACUUUUUCCGAGAAGGUGCUUGUGCAGAGCAAAUGGGUGGAGCUUAUGUUAGCUCCCUGUCGCUAGACGUCCAGCGAGGAGGAGCGAAUGUACAACCGCAACCUAAUCCUACCCUAACCCUACCCACAACUCUCUCAUUCGACGUCCAGAGAGGUGGAGACUUCCAUCCACCCCACUGGACAUCCAGAGAGGCAGAGCUGGCCCUCAUAGACUCUGCAGUGAGUACAACUUGCUUUUUCCAGUUUUUAACCAACUGGUCUUGAGGUCAUUUUUCAGGGAUGUAUGAAGUCAGUUCCCAUAAAAAUUCACACAGGUAUAUAGUUGAACUACUGGUAUAGUUCAUUAUAUCACCACUUGAACAAAGUUUCACCAUGUUAAAAUGAUCAAGACUUUUUGUCUUCAUUUUGAACAAUAUAUUUAUAACAAAAGUUUGCUUGUGCUUUUUCAAAUAUACAUUUUAAUCGAGUAUUAAAUGUCCAGAUAAUUUUUGGGGUCACUUCACAUUUAGCAUAUUUCAUCAACAAAACCUGGCUGUCAAGCUCCAAGAAAGCACUAUAAAAGUGGUCAAUACAACUUGAGGACUAAAUCAAAAUCCCUUUUAGGGAAACUCAGUUCACUUAGCAUCCAUAUUUGCAACACCUCUAGGCAGCUAUUUUGGUCAUGCAAGACCAAAUCUACUUUAAUGGGGGAAAUACCAAAAAUCUCAAAAACCAAACAUAUUUCAAAUCAACACGAACUGAAACAGAAAUCUGAAAUCUGUCAUAUGAUGUUUUAUUAACAAAGUUUGGGAGGAGCACGUUCAGAUACAGUGCUCUGGGUUCAGGACAAAUUCCCAGCUCUGAGCCCUCUCCUUGGACAGCACGCCAAAUACCCGCAUUUUAUACUAUAUCUGGUUAUAUGUAAGUGUGAACUCGUGAAAUAAACAGUGUUUUGUAUGCCCGUUGAAAAAGAGAAUGUUUCAGGUUGGUCCCGCCAAUGCGCAUGUGCAGUCUCAAGAGUGAGUCCCAGAUUUCUUUGGGAACUGCAGCUUAUUCUGCCUUGUUGCAUGUCACAGUUUCUCCUAUUAAUAGUAAUAUGAGUGUGUAACCCCUCACCCAGGUCCUACUAGCCCCGCUCUGCGCGGGCCUCGAACCUGGGUCUCCGGCGUGGGAGUCGGACGCUCUAAAAAGAAGGCUAAAGGCUGCAACCUCUGGCAUCACUCGCUAGAGCAUCUCUUGAGAUCAGAGGAGUGAGGUUUACUCACACAGCGAUUACUAGCUAGCCAUGUGAUAGUUUUGUGUGAGGAUCAGACUGAAAUUCACAAAUAAUUCAUGAAAUUAUUACCAGGUGCAUUCACUGCAACGCUUUUUGUGUUCCAUGAUGAGUCCCUUCACUCUGCUGUCAUCCCUCCGGUUCAUCCACGCCUCACUAGGCCAGUGUGUAAAUUCAAACAAGAAAACCUCAGUACUGAGAUCUUUUUUUAACCCAUUAUUUUCAUAUACUGUGUUACAUUUGUUUUAUUGCAUCUAUAGUUUACAGACAAUAAGUUAUUACUUUUGAGUUAGUAUGUAAGCCUAAGUACUUGAUAUUAAUAUAUUUCUUUAUAAAUGUACAAUAUGUGAAAGAUAUACAUCAUGCGAAUAUAUGUGUAUUUAUAACAACAACAAAUGAUUGAGGUGUUUAGUGUCAGCAGAAUUUGUAACUGCAUAUGAAGGCUGUCUUGUAGGUGUCCUUCAAAUGCCUGUCCCAAAACAUGUGCCUUAUGGGUUUCAGUAUCAGCUACAUCUUGGAACGAUGGUUCACCCAUCCAAUGUUACAGAAAUACAGUGUUGGAUGAAAUGAACUGUAGUCCGAUUCCCUGGUUACUGUAUUAAGAAAGCUAUGGAGAUCAGUCCACAGGGUUUGAUGUCAUUUUUCACAUUGAGUAAUUGUAAUAAAGUAUUAUGUAAUCUUUGUAAGGUAGAUACUUUUGUAUAUGAACAUUUUUUACAAAGUAGAUGGAGGAGCGAGAAGCGAGAAUUGGAAUAUACGGUUGUAGUCUGUUUUGUAAUAAAAAAAAGAGGAAGUACACUGAU